AUGACCUUCCCUCCCCCUCACCCUUCCGCCCAAUCGUCGAUUGCUUCUGGCACCGAUAAAUCUUCUUCAGCCAGGACUGAGAUUGGUGCCUGGGGUCGGUCCGCGUCGCAGUCCGGCAUUCGUCGUGGUUUGACUCCUCUCGCGACCAACCUUUCCUCCUCGACCGCUCCCUCCGCAUCUUCCCGGGGCUUGGAAGCAGGCCCUGGGGUUUCCACGCCUUCCUCGUUUUCGGCCGUUCUGAGCUCCUCCAGGGGUCUUUCCGGGGGUAGCCCCAAGCCCGCACCCUCGCCGUUCAACUCGCUGCAGUCGGCCUCGCAGCAGCUGGCGCAAUCACUUUCGUCGCCGAAGUUCCGCGCACAUACCCCUUCCUCAGGGUCUCAUUUCGCUUCUGCAGCAGGUUCCAUCACAGGUGGUGGAGGCACCGGGGGAGGUGGUGGGCCGGGAUCUUCUAGAGGUGUCGCUUUUUCACCACUAUCGUCCGGCACAACCGUGAAUUCACCUACGGGCUUCGCUUCUGAUAAGCCAGGCUCAGCAGCUGCCCACUCGAGCCAAUCGUCUCUCACUAAGAUUUCGAUUGCGCAGGUAUUCCUUCUGUUAGACUCGAUCACAGAGAAGGAGGGGAAAGAAAAGUGGGAGACCAAGGCUGCUCAAAUCCACAAGCUUGUGACGUCCAACGGAAUGGAGGUCUUUUCAAAGUAUUUCCGCCGCCUGCUCACAGGAAACGCCCCUCAAAUCUUCCCAGGCGUGAACAAGUCUGUCGAGAAUGCGGGCAACUACCCCCUUCUGGUCCAGGAAAUGCAGAAAGUUGCUUCGGAUAUCGAACAAGCGCAGAAGAUUGCAGAGACAGUAGACACGUCUGAGGGAGACAUCUUCCGAGAUUUCGACCUUUCCACCUUUUUGGAUCACUUCCGCCUUGACCCCAUUCUGAAGGUCUCUCUUGCAUUGGCCUUCAAGCUGACGAACAAGUCUGACCUUCGAGCCAAGGCUGAUGCCAUUCUUUCCAACUCUAUUACCCCUUUCCUCUCUAGCCUGGCGAACCCCUCAGAAGCGACCAAAGACUUCCAAAACUCCUUUCUUGGAAUGACUGUUGAACGAUUUAUCUUAUACCCGCCACGCAAUUUCACGAAUGAGGUCAAAGCGAAGUUGGUCUACGCAACCAAUUUACGAUUCCAGAAGCUUGCCCUGGACAUGCCACUUGAGGUCUCUUCGGCCCUGCAAAUGUUCAACUUCGUUGACCCCGAAUAUACUCUCGUGCGACAGCUUCACUCCAAGGGACCUCGCGCCACGGCGAAUACCGAGGCCAUCACGGAGAUCAUCAAUGCCGCUGGGCCAGAUAGUUGGAACGAGGAACACCUGGCCAGUGCUAUUCUCUUUAUGAUCUUGUCGCAGUACUGGCAGCAGUUCUCGCUUGAGACUCUUCUGAGCGCAUAUACCGGGAAGCAAAUCAAUUGGGCCCUGGUUCUCCAGAACUUUGAUCGCGAAGGGCUGAGAGUGGAUCCCAGGCAGUUUUCGAAGCUGUACAAUCUGCUUUUCGCUAUUGCUGCUAGUGACUCCUCCCUGGACCUUCAGAAGUUAUGGGGCGGAGACUGGGAGCACCGUGAUGCGCAGAUGUCACUUUUGACGGCCUUCAUUGCCUCGCGCACAGAUGCAUCCCUCAUUCCCAACCUGCGUGCGGCGUUCCCGGCAGAAUUAUUCGAGGAGGGCCCAGAAAUUGUCAAGCUGCAAGGUGAACGCGCGGCCAAGUCUCCUCUUCGUUCUAUGGAUGCGAUAAAGGCAAUCUUUGAUGUCGCGUUGUUCUCACAGUCUUCCUGGGCUGCAAAGGAGAGCCAACUUCUGAUCAAGACAGUGGUUCAGUUCGAUCUUCCAGUCUUCCUCGUCUCUGCUCUCGCCAUCCCACAGCCAUGGACCGAGGUUCAGCAAAACUUUGUUCUUCGUACAUUCAUUGUGUUUAUCUCGAAACAAGAAGAAGGGUACCAGCUGGCUCUCCAUGGAGCUUGGCGUCAGGAUCGGCAAUGGGUGGCAGAGAAGCUGUUCGCUGCUUUCACUCAAGAUCCUACGUCUACUGCAAUGAUUUAUGAGCAAGCCGCCGAGAACGGGUGGCUCGACUAUCUGCUCGGAUUCACCAAUGGCUUGGCUCUGGACCUCGCCUGCUACUCUCACCGGAAGGGCAACUUCGACCUUGAGCAGUGGGUCCGCAAUGCUUCUCAGAAGGGUCACAUGGAUAUGGGCGGUCUCUUGUCCAAAUUCCUUAGAAUCAAGGCGGAGGAUGAGCUGCACGUACAACGGAAGGAGCAGCCUGCACCGCAAAUGGUCAGCCUUGCUGUGAAAACCGUGUUCACGCUACUGUCCGUAUUGGAGGAGUAUGUCGGCGAUCGUGAAAACCUCACUCCUGUCCAACGUAUCUGCAUUCAGACUUACCCUCGAUUGAUCAACUACGGCGAGGAUCAUGACGACAUCAUUGACGCCAAUGGCGAGAAUGGUAACUCUCUGCCUGAGGCAAUUGAUAAGCAGAUGCAAGAUCUGUUUGGCAAGAUGUACCACGAGGAACUUUCGCUGCGGGAGAUGUUGGAGCUGAUGCGGCAGUACAAAUCGUCCCAGGACCCUACCGAACAAGAUCUGUUUGCAUGCAUGGUGCAUGGUUUGAUUGACGAGUACCACUGCUAUCAUGAGUACCCACUUGAGGCUCUGACCAAGACCGCAGUCAUGUUCGGUGGUAUCAUCAAUUUUAGGCUCGUGGACGGCAUCACGCUCAAGGUUGGUCUUGGCAUGAUUCUCGAGGCUGUCAGAGAGCACGAGGUGCAUGACCCCAUGUACAAGUUUGGCGUGGAGGCUAUCGAACAACUGAUCAACCGUCUCACUGAGUGGGCGGGUUUCUGCCAUCUGCUCCUCCAAAUCCCGACGCUGCAAGGUACUCCGAUCUUCCAAAAAGCCGAAGAGGUGCUUCGCGACCAAGGUUCCCAGCUUGGUGAGGGCGAAAGAUUCGACGAUUUCGGCCUUACCACCGUGCCCAAUGGAAACACCGAUGAUGUCUCCGUUACCGAUGGUACCUCCCGAAAGUUCCGCUCUGUUCAAGUGGAUCCGCCACUCCGCUCGGAUAUCUAUCAAGACCCCGAUGAGGACAUCCAAGACAAGAUUCUGUUCGUUCUGAACAACGUCUCAGAGCAGAACAUUGACGAGAAGCUUCGGGAUCUGCGUGAAGUCCUGCGUGACCAACAUCACCAAUGGUUCGCUGCGUACUUGGUGGAAGAGCGUGCGAAGCUGCAACCCAACUUCCAGCAGCUCUAUCUCGACCUUCUAGACCGGAUUGGCAACAAGAUUCUGUGGGCUGAGGUCCUCAGAGAGACAUAUGUCAGUCUUGCGAAGCUUCUCAACUCUGAGACUACCCUCAACUCCUCCACAGAUCGAGGCCAUCUGAAGAACCUCGGCGCCUGGCUUGGCUCAUUGACAAUCGCGAAGGACAAGCCCAUCAAGCACAAGAAUGUCUAUUUCAAGGGCCUGCUCUUGGAAGGCUAUGAUACUCAACGCCUGAUGGUCACCAUCCCCUUUACCUGCAAGGUGCUUGUUCAAGCCACCAAGUCCACGGUGUUCAGACCCCCGAACCCGUGGCUGAUGGAUAUCCUGGGUCUCUUGCUAGAAUUGUACCAUUACGCUGAGCUCAAGCUCAACCUCAAGUUCGAGAUUGAGGUGCUGUGCAAGGAUCUUGACCUUGAUCACAAAACUAUCGCACCGGCCAUCAUCAUCCGUGACCGUACCGCCCAAGGUGCCGAAGAAGUCCUGCCGCCGGCUACCAACAUUCCAGAAGGCCUGGAGCCUUUCAACGAUCUGGCUAUUGGUCCUCUAAACCAAGCAAUUCAGAAUGAGCGGCUGUCACCAGCGGCGAUCAUGUCAACACUGCCUAGCCUUGACAAGAUCCUGGUUCUGCCUCCUUCCGCGAGCAGUAUGGUGGAUCCCAGCGUUCUCCGGCAGAUUGUUCACACCGCAGUCGAGCGUGCCAUCGCCGAGAUCAUUACUCCCGUUGUCGAACGAUCUGUCACCAUUGCCUCCAUCUCCACCGUACAGCUUGUGUCAAAGGACUUUGCUACCGAGCCCGAUGAGGAGAAAGUGCGACACUCUGCCGGUGUCAUGGUCAGACAGCUGGCGGGCAGCCUUGCCCUGGUUACUUGCAAGGAGCCGCUCAAGGUUAGCAUGACCAAUUACAUCCGGAUGAUCCAGCAAGACUACUCAGAUCAGCCCAUGCCCGAGGGUUUGAUUCUUAUGUGUGUGAACGACAACCUGGAUGCUGCCUGCGGUAUCGUUGAGAAGGCUGCGGAAGAGAAGUCUCUGCCUGAGAUCGAGAAGGUCAUUGAGCCCCAGCUCGAGGCACGCCGGCGCCACCUGGCUACUAGACCCAAUGAACCAUUUGUUGAUCCUUCAAUGAACCGCUGGGGUCUCUUUAUACCUGAGCCUUAUCGCCAAAUGCCUGGAGGCUUGAACAAAGAACAGUUGGCUAUCUAUGAGGAGUUCGCACGCCAAUCCCGCGGCCCUGCGACUGCUCAUCCUCAAAACGUCUCAACGGACUCUGGUCGUCAGAUCCCUGACGUGCUCCAAGAGGCGUUCCCUCCUCCAAUCCCCAACCUUUCAACCCCUGCUGAACAGCCGGCUGUUCCUCACCGAACUCCCCAGCCUCAGAACGCAGGCUCACAGAUGAGUGUUCCCACCAAUGGGUUCCUCGAGGCUCAAAGCCCACGGGAGCGAGUGGAGUCCCUGAUCUCUGAGCUCCAGUUGUCUGCUCGCAAUGUGCCCGAGGAGCACGUGAAGGACCUUGGGCGGGAGAGUGCUGUUCUCCAGGAAUACAACCAGGCCUUGCGCGCCAUUUUAGCUUCGCCAAAUGGGGAGGAGUUAGCACGCCUGACCUCGUUGAAAGUUUGCAGUACCCUCUACUCCCAGUCAUCCGGAUCUCUGGAGAUUGAGGUUCUUGUCCACCUUCUCGCCAAGCUCUGCGACAUGUCCUCCCUCAUCGCACGGUACACUUGGGCGCUCCUAUCAGAGGUGGAUGAUGAGCACAUGUUCAACGUGCCCGUCACCGUUGCCCUCAUCGAUGCCGGCCUGCUGGACAUUCGCCGGGUUGAUAUGGUCUUGACCCGCCUCAUUUUGCAAAGGAAUGUCAGUGCCUUGGAACUUCUCGAGGACCUGAUGAACCGUGUGCUCUUCAAUGACGAGCCUUCAGCUCUCCGAUCCGACUUCUCUGGAAGUCUUGAGGCCAUGAGUCAGUGGCUGUCAGAGGAUGGAAAUGUUGUUCCGGCCUUGGAGAUCGUUCGCAAGCUGCGUGAUGUUGGCAUCCCUGAAGUUGUUAACCCGCUCCUCACCGACCAGGCCCGGUCCAAGCGCGACCAGAUGGAGUACAUCUUCAGUGAAUGGAUUGGCGUCUACAAGGCUUCCGGCGCUAGUGAGCGCACUUACCUGUCCUUCCUGCAGGACAUGCACAACCGCCAGGUCAUGAAUUCUCAAGAAGAUUCCGCCCUAUUCUUCCGUCUCAGCAUUGACAUCUCGGUGGCCAUGUUCGAGCACGAGUCUCAGAACCCGAACGGCAGCCUUGAUGAAGCAUUCCUGUACAUUGACGCUCUUGCGAAGCUCGUUGUUCUUCUGGUUAAGUUCCAGGGCGAGAGCACUGGCGCUGUCAAGGCCGACAAACCUUCUUACUUCCACUCUAUCUUGUCUGCUUUGGUGUUAGUUCUCAAUAACCACCAGGUCAUGCGGGGCGAGGCUUUCAACCAGCGUGUCUUCUUCCGCCUGUUCUCCAGCAUUUUGUGCGAGUACUCGGUUGCCGGUCUUCAGCACCAUGAGCAGCACCAGGGCAUGAUCUUUGCCUUGGCCAAUAAGUUCUUGUCGCUCCAACCACGCUACGUGCCCGGCUUUGUGUACGGAUGGCUGUCCCUCAUUUCGCACCGCGUCUUCAUGUCCGACAUGCUCAACAUGCCCGAGCGUACAGGUUGGGCUCCCUACUGCGAGAUCAUGCAAGCGCUGCUCUCCUACAUUGGCGAACAGCUCAAGGCAGCCGAAAUUCACUAUGUCGCUAAGGAUUUGUACAAGGGUGUGCUUCGCAUUUUGCUGAUCCUCCACCACGAUUUCCCUGAAUUCGUUGCCGAGAACCACUUCCAGUUCUGCAAUGUGAUCCCUGCUCAUUGCGCUCAGCUUCGCAACUUGGUUCUCAGUGCCUACCCUUCAUCCUUCCACAAGCUCCCGGAUCCUUUUCGUGAGGGACUCAAGGUUGAGCGCAUCGAGGAGAUGCGAGAAAUCCCCAAGAUUGCCGGCGACAUUGCUGCCCCUUUGCAGCAGGCAAACAUCAAGGAUGUCAUUGAUAAUGCCCUGCAAAACGACAUCGCUUCCGAGGCCGUGGUACAGCACAUUUCCGAUGCCGUCGUCACUUCUGAACCCAGGGACACUGCUCUUUUCUAUGUGCCGAUCAAUGUGGAUGUCGUGCUCGUGAAUGCCCUUGUCCUGUACAUCGGCCAGCAAGCCGCUGAAGAACAUGCCUCCAAAACCAACACUCGCAGUGCUUUCGAGACGUCAGCCCACGCUGCCCUGUUGGAGAAACUCGCCCAGAUCAUGCAGCCUGAAGCCCGUUACUACCUGCUAAGCGCAAUGGCUAACCAGCUGCGCUACCCCAACAGCCACACCUACUUCUUCAGCUUCACAAUCCUGCGCUUGUUUGGUAUCGACUACUCCGAGUCUGAUGACUCUGACAUCCGCCAGCAGAUUAUCCGGGUGCUACUGGAGCGGCUGAUUGUUCACCGUCCGCACCCAUGGGGCCUUAUUAUUACUCUGCAGGAGCUCCUCCAGAACCGGAGCUACUCUUUCUUCCGCCUUCCUUUCAUCCAGGCGGCUCCUGAGAUCGGUCGACUUUUCGAUGCUCUCCUCCAACACAUCCAACAGCAAAGCCCCCGCCCCAUCGCAUGA